GGCAUCGCUGCCAUGGGAGGAUGGUGCUCACACUGCCUGCCCAGCGAUCCGGGGCAGCCCUGGCCUGAGUUAUUUCGCAGCAGGCAUUCAGGUUUUGUGCUGCUUUUGAUGUGGUGAAUAGGUAAUGAAGAGCUGCAUCAAUGGAUGCUGGCUUUAAAACGUGCAGAGGGCGUCUUGCUGCCUUAGAACGUUGCACAGGAAAAGCAGCAGUGGUUCUUCAGGGACACGCAGCGAUCUGGGGAGAGGGCAGGUUGGUUCCUGCCUGGUGGGUGCUGUGCACUGAGGCUGGAGCCCCAUCCUGCACCGAAGCAGAGUUGGCCCUGGGUUAUUUUCACAAGGUCUGGGUGUGGGGACAUGCGUACGCACCUGGGGAGCUGCGCUGCCUGCAGCUUUGCCAUCUGAGCGCUGCAGUGUUCCAGCAGAGGUUUGCACAGCUCUGCACAGCAGCCAGCGCAUCUCCGGCUGCGCCAGCAUGGAAAAAUGUGCUGCGUUCAAUGGCCUGGGGGAUGCCCGUGGGGAAAGGGUGAUACUCCAGCACUGCAAAACCAUGCUGGUGGCACUCACUGCUGCAAAACGGAUUGGUGAGUGGGACAGAGAGGGCCCCAGCGCCAGGCAGUGGUUUUUGGGCUCCUUUCACUGGAAAGGAGCACCUCUUCUUUAGGAAAGAGGAGUAAUAACAUUGAAGCAGCAGCAGUGUCCUCCCGUGAAUCCGUGUCUAUAAAGCUCCAUCUAGUGUCCAUAUGGGACUGGUGAUGGGACUGGUGCCAUUUGACAUCUUUACAGGCGACAGGGACAGUGGGAUCGUGUGCACCCUCAUCAAAUUUGCAGACGGUGCCGAGCUGAGUGGGGCAGCUGACACAAGAAGGGGAUGGAGCUGUUGGAGCGGGUCCAGAGGAGGGCCAGGAAGACGAUCAGAGGGCUGCAGCACCUCGCCUCCAAGGACAGAGUGAGAGCACUGGGGCUGUUCAGCCUGGGGAAGAGAAGGCUCUGAGGAGAGCUUCUAGCAGCAUUCCAGUUUGGAAAGGGGGUCUAGAGGAAAGCUGUGGGGAACUUGUUAGAAGGGCGGGUAGCGACUGGAUGCAGGGGAAUGGCUUUGAAGUGGGAGAGUGUAGGUUUAGACCAGACACUGGGAAGAGAUUCCUUACUGUGAAGCACUGGGACAGGUUGCCCAGUGAGGUUGUGAAUGCCCCCUCCCUGGAGGCCUUCAAGGCCAGGCUGGAUGGGGCUGUGAGCAGCCUGGUCUCGAGGGAGGUGUCCCUACCUGCAGCAGGGGGUUGGAACGAGGUGAUCUUAGAGGCCCCUUCCGAAACAAACCAUUCUGUCAGUCUGUGAGACUAUAUACAGUUUUUAUUUGAGUUACAAAAAUAAACUGUAUUACUAUGUGACUGAAUAUGGCUUUCAGUUAAGUAUACAUCAUUUCAGCCACAGGAGUCUAUGCAACUAUGUACAGUUUUUCUCUUAAUUACAAAACUAAACUGUACCAUGUAAUAAAACAUUUGAUUAAACACAGAACAUUACAAAUAUGGCACAAACGAGCCAUUUAAAUUUCUGAUAGUGCUUAGAAUUGUGACUGUUUUUGAUGUUUGGUUAUGAGUACAUCAUUUCUGCCAUGGCAGACAUUUUCUUUGGUAUAUGCAGAUGGUGUUCCAGGUACCCUGCCAGGUCUUCCACAGUCACAUCACUGACAUACAUGUGAGCCUCCACAGUACGGGAUGCGGGAGGGCUGCACAGGGCUGUUUCACAGAUGGAUCUGUUAAGCGUGGAUAAGGAAAGGAAAAGUGAGGUUUGGCUGUUGUGUGAGUCAGAGUGAGACGAUGAGGGCAGAGCGAGGCAGUUCUCCCGUGACUUCCCCACAGGCCCCGCAGCGGUGGUUCAGCAGAGGUUCAGCUGUGGCUCUUCUGCCAUGGCUGGCCUCAAAGUGAGGACUGUGUCUGUCCUCUGUGCCGUGUUCUGCUGUAGCACAAACACUGGAACGGACGUGAGUCUUUGGCGUGUGUGACCGGGUUUUGUGUUUUGUGCUGCAGUGCGUAAACGUGGGAGGAUACAGGACAGCAGACCUGGAACGUCCGUGUUGUGAGAGACUGGCCGGUCCUCCUGCAGUCCUCUCACACCUGCAGGGUCAGAACAGGUGAACAGGUAGGUAAAUACGGGACCUGUGCCGUUGCUCACGCAGCUCUGUGGCGUGGCUCAUGGCACCUAACGUGGGUGUUGCUCUUUUCUUUUUGCUUCCAAGACUGAGAGGGCUGUUGGUGUGCAGUCCCUGACAGGAGCAGCGGAAGAGCCUUAAGGAAGCGGGGCUCUCCCAGAAGAGAGAGGCACGCAAACACUGCUGCUGUAAAGGAACCUACCAGGGCCAGUUCACCAACGGCAUGCGGCACGGCUACGGCGUGCGGCAGAGCGUGCCCUACGGCAUGGCUUCGGUGGUGCGCUCCCCGCUGCGCACCUCCCUGUCCUCCCUGCGCAGCGAGCACAGCAAUGGCACGCUGCCGCAGCAGGACUCCCCGGCCGCCCACCCCGAGAGCCUGCCCGCAUCGCCCACCAUCACCCGCGGCGGCUUCGCCCUCAGCCUCUACGCCGACGCCGAGGCCGGCAAGGUGAAGAAGGGGGGUCUGUUCCGCAGGGGCUCCUUGCUGGGGAAGCUGAAGAAGUCCGAGUCCAAGUCGUCGCUGGCCAGCCAGAAGAGCCGCGUCAGCUUCCUCAAGAGCGAGAGCGGGAUCAGCUCGGCCGCCAGCGAUGCCACCUCCACAGCCAGCCUGGGCGAGGGGGCGGAGGGAGAGGAGUACCCCCCCUUUGAGUCCGACAUCGACGCCACCACCACCGAGACCUACAUGGGCGAGUGGAAGAACGACAAGCGCUCGGGCUACGGAGUCAGCGAGCGCUCCAGCGGGCUGAAGUACGAGGGUGAGUGGCUGGACAACCUGCGGCACGGCUACGGCUGCACCACGCUGCCCGACGGCAAGAAGGAGGAGGGCAAAUACCGCCACAACGUCCUCGUCAAGGGCAUGAAGAAGCGCGUCAUACCUCUGAAGAGCGCCAAGAUCCGGCAGAAGGUGGAUCGGAGCGUGGAGGGGGCCCAGAGGGCAGCAGCCAUCGCCAGGCAGAAGUCGGAGAUCGCGGCAUCCAGGACAACUCAUGCCAAAGCCAAGGCUGAAGGCUCUGAGCAGGCAGCUCAGGCAGCUAACAACGAGUCGGGCAUAGCCAGGAUGAUGGCCAGGGAGCUCUCCCCAGACUUCUACCAGCCAGGCCCCGAGUACCAGAAGCGGAGGCUGCUGCAGGAGAUCAUGGAGAACGCAGAGCACGCCGUCAACAUGGAGGAAGCGACACCCCCUCAGCCCAAAGGUGCCCCGCCACCCCCAACACCCCCUGAGAGCCCCCAGCUGCACGAGCAGGACGAGGCCCCCCGCCGACGCAGCCCAGCCCCCAGUCCCGCCGCCACCCCUCCGGAGGCCAAGCGGGCCAAGCCUCAGCAGGACGGAGCCCUGCGGCCCAGCAGUUGGGCUGGGGCGGGUGGCGGUGGGGCCUCCGAUGGCGAAGGCCGUCCGGCCUCGCGGGGCGCAGUGCGGCCGGCCGAGCAGAUGGAGAUCAGGCCGCUGCAGCGCAUGGCGCGUGAGCCCGACGUCGAGCACUACAAGGGCUACCACAGCUACGCCGUCAGGACCUCCCCGGUCUCCCCCACUGCGGACUAUGAGGAGGAGCCGCACUCUGAGCGUGGGCCGCCAUCCCCGGAGCCCCAGAGAGAGCCUCAGCGGCGCGGGGGCACCCCGGUGCCCACACAGGAGCCCGCGGAGAGGCACGCGCCCCAGGCAGAGGCCAAGGCGGAGCAGCCACAUCCCAAGGAGCUGAAGCAGCCCAGGCAGCGGCCCAGCCCCGAGCACAAGGCAGUGAGCAGGAGCGAGCCUGCUGCUGACAGAAAGACUGAGGGCCGGGCGCCAGGCCGGACGGAGCACAAGGCGGGGGCCAAGCGGAGCCCGGCCCCGGCGGUGGCGGUGGCAGCAGCGCAGGACGCAGAGGAGGGUGAUGAGGGACCUAACACAAUUGUGAUCUGCAUGGUCAUCUUACUGAACAUUGGUCUGGCCAUCCUAUUUGUACAUUUUUUGACAUGAGGUCCCCCUCGGACAAGGCGUUGCUGCUCACUGAGACCAUGGACCUUGGUGGGGAUUUAAUCUCAGUCACCUGGAAACACCUAUGAGAAGGACUUGAGAUCCCAAGGUUGCACUGCAAACAUGAACCUUAAGAAAAAGUACCUGAAGAUCCCCUGUUCAGUCUCCCUGCUCCCAGGCUGUGGCUGGCCUCUGCAAUCUACCAAGAAAAAGGCCGAAUUUCUACAACUCAACCUCCUUCUCUUCUUUGUAUAAAAUAGCAGUUGCCUUAAAUUAUUCUCACCAAAGCCAUCAACUGCCCUGUCAUGCCAGGGAUGAGGAAUUUAUCUUUAGCUGUAGGAAAGUGAGUGAGAAGGUCUCAUCCACGCACUGUGUUUUGUAAUUCUCUUGGUUGACUUGGAGAUUUCCCAAAGAGUAUCAUCCACGGCCUGAAAACGCAACAAUGUGCAACAACCAAAAUGACUCCUGAGAGCUGUGCCACGGCUGGGGCUGGACAGCGUCUCCCUCCAUGCUCGUAUGUUAUUCAAAGGGACAAGCAAAAAGUCUUUCCUUUCCCCAUCAUAUGGAGUCGUUUUCCAUGUACGGAGGACUGAGAGGGGGAGCAUGUUGACACUGGGCUUGGUGAAGUGUGACCGGAGCCCUGUCCGUGCCUGCCGACAAGCCAUGGUCGGGGCUGCGGGGUGGGGUGUGAGGGGCUGGCUGGUGUGAGGCUGCUGGUGUGCCCAGGGGUGCUGCGGGUGCAGACAGUGCCCAUUUCAGGGCUGGGCACCAUCCAAGCUCUCUCGUGCCGCCAGCAAUGCUCUGUGUGAAAGCAUCUUGCAGCGGGUGACUUCCCUCUGUAACGGGAAAGGAAAUCAAUGUGCUGAAUUUGCCCCUUUACCCCUUUUUUUUUCUUUUUUCCCUAUGAAAAUGGUGCGAGUUACAAUUGAAAGGAGGUACUUACUGAACAAUACCCCUGUAUACCCACAGGUUCCUCCUCCUCCUCCUCGUAGUGCUGAGCUGUGAGGGGGCUCCAGUGCUGCUUUUUCACCGAAACAAAGCGGACAGCCUUUCCCAGCAGAGCGUGCAGGGUGGCUGUUGUGGGAGAGGUGAGGUUAUUCCUGAAAGGAGAAAGGUGCAGAGACCCGAGUGACUCCAGUGUGUUUGGGCAUUGCGCUCAAAACUAUGCAGCAGCCAGCCUUUCAGCAACGGUAGAGCACAGAGGGGCAAUAGAGCUGUUGUUCUGUGUGCCAGGCUUAGAGGCCUGGACAGUUUGCAGCAAUUCUUCCCAAGGCUGCAAUAGAGAAGUGACCUUUGGAAGGAGAUGUUGCCACUGUGAUCUGCUCUGAUCCUUAGCAGUGUGAGCUUAGAAAGUCGGCACAGAUGAAGUUACAGUUUAGUGUGAGGCUGAGUGCUUGGACAUGUUUCUUCCUUCUUUUAAGAGCAAUAUGUAUUUUGUAUCUAUUUUUAAGUUAAUCGGAAAUGUUAUUUAUAGUCGGUUGUGCACCUCUGUGUAUUCUGAAGUCUCACAGCACAGGACUGGGUGGGAAAACCUGAGAGACUGGAAAGAACGUGGAAGCGAUGGUCGAGGGGAAAAACAGAUGGCCAGUCUGCUCCAAAGGUCAGUCUGAAAGGCUUUCAGAGGUGAAUGGCAGACAGGCAGGAGUUUACACUGACUGGAGACACAGGGCAAAACCUGCCUAACUUAUGUACUCUAAUUAUGAUAUGAGAGAGUGAGAAUAAUUCAGUACUUUUCUUUGUGAACCAAGUUUGUUUUUUAACCUUAUUCAGCUCAGGAACAUUGCCACAGUAGCAAGUACAUGGUGUUCACUGUGGGAGAAGUGAAUGUGAUCCCUUCCUAAAAGCUAUGUGGCUGUACCAGUCCUGAGAAAGCUGUGCAGCACCAUCUACACUUCCACAGAGCAUAGUUUAGUAGCAAUUUGCUUCUUUCUUUCUUCCUUUUUUUUUUUUUUUUUUUUUCUUUUCUGAAAUAUAAAUGUAUUGCAAACCCCAGGCUCUGCUGCCUUUGGCAUUUUAUCCUUGUUCAUCCUCUCAAUACGUCAGCUGCUUUUAUUAGCUACCGAGACAAUUUCCGUUGAGAGACCUGAGGGGCUUUUAUUUAUCACCAAGCACAAAGAAGGGUCUUUUUUCAACAAUGUUGAGAUUACCCCCCUGCUCGUGCCCCUGUUUUUUAUGCAUGUGAUGUGCACACUGUAAUGUGCUUUCCUCCUUAUUAACAUUCUGAGAACAGUAGGUAGUUUUGCUUUUAUGUGACGUACAAAUAUAUCCGUAUUGCACUGAGAUAUGGAUAUAUAUAUACACAGACAUAUAGCCCCUUAGGGAUUUCGUUUUCUUAGAUGCAAAAUAACAGAUUUACCUCAAUUUGCAUGCUUUCAAAACUGAAUAGGAUAUUGUGUUAUACUUUUCAGGUCUUACGAAGAUGCAGAUAUGUUUCACUCUUCACACAAAAAUACCUUCAUCACAGAUUUUGCAAGCUGUGUACUACAAUCCAUGUACUGCUGUCUGGAGUUUUGUCGGUUGUUCUGCUGGAAUACGUGCAAUAAUAAACAGUUAUCUGCUCACUGUA